AUGGCUCCCUUACAAACUUCUAUGGCGCUGUUUCUGGCCCAUAUCAUUCUGCUGUUGGGUCUGCCUGCUUCGCUGGUCGGUGCAGUGCCCGUCCACCCCCAUGGGCACCAUGUGCACCAGAAAGCGGUCGCUGCGGCGAGCUCGUCCGACUCAUCUGAUUACUGGGUUGCCAAUAUCAAGCGCCAGGGUAUCGUGCCUUUCGGAAGUAACGACAACUAUCAGGUGUUUCGCAAUGUCAAGGAUUUUGGAGCUGCGGGUGACGGUACCACGGAUGAUACCGCGGCGAUUAACAAGGCGAUUUCGUCUGGUAACCGCUGCGGCAAGGGCUGCGAUUCAUCCACCACCACUCCGGCCCUGGUGUACUUCCCACCGGGUACCUAUGUGGUGUCCAAGCCGAUCAUUCAGUUCUACUACACGCAGCUUGUGGGAGAUGCAACCGACCUGCCUGUGAUCAAAGCCUCGCCCAGCUUCGCCGGGAUGGCGGUCAUCGACGCCGAUCCGUACGAGGACGAUGGCGCGAACUGGUACACCAACCAGAACAAUUUCUUCCGCGCCAUUCGCAACCUGGUCAUCGAUCUCACCGCUAUGCCCCAGUCCGCUGGCGCCGGUAUCCACUGGCAGGUUGGCCAGGCUACGUCCCUGCAGAACAUCCGGUUCGAGAUGGUCCAGGGCGGUGGUGACGCGAAUAAGCAAGAGGGUAUCUUCAUGGACAAUGGCUCUGGAGGCUUCAUGUCCGACCUUACCUUCAACGGUGGUAACUACGGCAUGUUCCUCGGUAACCAGCAGUUCACGACUCGCAACCUAACCUUCAAUAACUGCAACACGGCCAUCUACAUGAACUGGAACUGGGCGUGGACUUUCAAGUCUGUCAGUAUCAAUGACUGCGCGGUUGGGCUGAACAUGUCCACAUCGCCGACCAACCAGACCGUGGGUUCGGUCAUGAUGCUGGAUAGCACGUUCACCGACACUCCCAUCGGUGUGGUGACCGCCUGGAACCGCGAUAGCAUCCCCAUCGGCGGUGGUGUCCUGGUGCUCGACAAUGUGGACUUCUCCGGAGCAAAGGUGGCCGUUGCCGGAGUUGACGGCGACGAAAUCUUGGCCGGUGGCUCGGUAGUCAACAACUGGAUGCAAGGAAAUGCCUACUCCCCCUCCAAGACAAUCAGCAAGCGUGACGCCGAGGCCGAGUCUGCACCCGAGGUUGUGACCGUUGUUGAGACUGUCAUGAAGACUAUCAUGGCUUGCCCUGCGACCCGUACCGAUCUCGCUGCCAUCCCUGCUGCCACUGAUGCUCCCGCACCGGCGAACACUGUUCCUGACAAUACCGCUGCUAAGCCUGCUCCCAUUCCCACUGUUACUGGCGAGGGUCGUGCGAAGGAUGUUCCGGACGGUUUCACUGGUCUGCCUGGAUUUGACAACAGCUGGCUGUCUUUCCUGAGCGCCCCACAGGCCACCGAUGCCUCCGUUCCGGAUGCCACUCCAGCUGCUGUUCCGGAUACCCCUGCUUCCGCUCCUUCUAGUGAAGUUACCUCCGACAACACUCCUAAUAAUACUCCCGUCGUUGUUGAGAGCACACCCAUUGCCCAGACUACCCAGAGCAGCAAGAGCGGCUCUUCCGGUGGAAGUGGUAGCAGCAAGAGUGGCUCCUCCGGUGGAAGUGGUAGCAGAUCUGGCAGCCACUCUAGCGGUAGCACUGGUACCUGCGGUGCAAGCGAGGCCAUUGCUUCUGCGCGCGUUCAGCAUUCGUUCAAGGCGAACUCCAAGCCUGCCGACCUCCUCAGCGGUGGCGCUGUCUUUGAACGCUCGAAGCCCCUUUACGAGACUGUGCCCGCCUCGUCCUUCGUCAGCGUCAAGUCGGCCGGCGCCAAGGGUGAUGGCACCACCGACGACACCGCAGCCCUCCAGAAGAUCCUGGAUAGCGCACAGGAUGGCCAGGUGGUUUACUUCGACCACGGCGCGUACGUCAUCACCUCGACGCUGAAGGUUCCCAAGAACAUCAAGAUCACGGGUGAAGUCUGGCCGGUGAUCAUGGCGUCGGGCAGCAAGUUCCAGGACGAGAAGAACCCCAUUGCCGCGCUGCAGAUCGGCCAGUCCGGCGACGUCGGCAGCGUAGAGAUGAGUGACCUGAUUAUCACGACCAAGGGUUCCGCCCCCGGCGCCAUCCUCAUGGAAUGGAACGUCGCCGCAUCCUCCCAGGGCUCAGCCGGUAUGUGGGACGUCCACAUCCGCGUUGGUGGUGCCGCUGGCACCGAGCUACAGAGCAGCAACUGCCCGAAGACACCUCACACAGUCACCACGCCCAAGGCCUCGUGCAUCGCCGCGUUCCUGCUCCUGCAUAUCACCGAGAAAGCGAGCGCGUACAUCGAAAACGCGUGGAUGUGGACCGCAGACCACGAGCUCGACCUGCCUGACCACUCCCAGAUAAACGUCUACACAGGCCGUGGCGUCCUCAUCGAAUCUCAAGGCCCAGUCUGGAUGUACGGCACCGCCUCCGAGCACCACCAGCUAUACAACUACCAGGUCUCGAACGCCCAGAACGUCUUUAUGGGCCUAAUCCAAACCGAGACACCAUACUACCAGUCAAACCCCAACUCCCUGACUCCAUUCACACCCCAGUCCUCGUGGAACGAUCCCACCUUCGAGUCCUGCACCACAAACUCCUGCCGCAAGGCCUGGGGUCUGCGCGUGAUGGGUUCGAAGGAUCUGUACGUCUACGGCGCGGGUCUGUACAGCUUCUUUGAGAACUACGCGCAGAGCUGCCUUCAGUCUGAGGAUUGCCAGCAGAAUAUGGUUGAGGUCGAUUGCUCCGAUGUCCAUCUUUACGGUCUGAGCACCAAGGCGGCCGUCAAUAUGAUCACCUCGUCACAGGGUAAGGGCAUGGUGCCGGAGUCUGAUAACACGAGCAACUACUGUUCGACUAUUGCUCUGUUCGAGCAGUUGCUCGCUGCUUAA